UCUUAAACAGGUGUAUCACUGAAGAUGGUUAAGAUUUUUCAAAAAUCCUCACCUGCUGCCACUUAUUGGACUUGAUUCUCAUUUUCAUGAUCAGCUUUGACUGCAGAAGACAAAGAAACACCUGUGAGCCGUCGACGGAAAACUAACACGUGUACAAACAUGAGAGACAGACUGAAUAACCUGCAUCAGGUGCAGACUGACUCUGAGGGUUUUAGCACAGUGGAGCUAAACACCCUGUCAGAGCAUGAAGCAGCAGCAGCAGACCCUGACCUGGAUGGCGUCCUGAAGGAGGCCCAGCAUAUCCGUCUUGAAAUCCAGCAGAUCCAGAAUGACAUCAGUGAACUGAAGGAUGUGAACUACCAGGCUCUGAACCAAACCUCACAUCCCGUUGUGACAAAGAGGGACUCCAAUGCAAUCGGGGCAGACAUUAAGCGCAGAGGAGAAGCUGUGUUGCAGCAGCUGCACAUGAUGAAUGAUUUGAGUGGAGAGCUGGAGGCUAAACGCGGCACCUCUGACCCCACAGCACGAAUUGCUCGAACACAGUACCACUGUCUUAGCAAUGCUCUGCGGGAGGUAAUAUUCAGCUACAAUGACACAGAGAUGAGCCACAAGGAGGCUUGUAAAAGGCAGAUCAAGCGGCAGAUGGAGGUGGUGGGUAGGGAGGUCAGCGAGGAGGAGCUGGAGGAAAUGAUGGGGAGCGAGGAAUUGUGUGUGUUCAGCAUCAAUGUGACAGGGAAAACCGCCCAUUCCGCCCUCCUGCAGAUCGAGAGCCGACACCAGGAGCUGCUAGAGCUGGAGAAGAGAGUUACGGGGAUCCAGGAGCUGUUCCUGGAUGUGGCCAUGCUUGUAGAUGAGCAGGGCACAGCAUUGGAAAGCAUUGAGAAAAAUGUCCAAAACACAGAGAUGGCUAUUCAAGGUGGCAUGGUCCAGCUGGAAAGAGCCACUGCUUCUAAUAAAAACAACCCCUUCAAGAAGAUGUUUUGUGGCUGCUUUCCAUGUUAUCACAAUUAGGUGUAAAGUUCUCUGUGACAGUAAAAUACUGUCAGACUUAAUCACACUGGCUUCAAGUGUGAGGAUGAGCCCAAAGAGGAUGGACAGUUUACUUAAAAGGUGUGACUGGACCAUGAUGAGGAGAAGGGGCACAGGUCUUAAAUGAAUAUAAAACCAAACAUACUGUAUAGGUCAUGUGAGUUAUGAAGAAAUUUUACAAUAAUGUUACAUAACAAUGUUGUUUAUAGAUCAAUCUACUGGUCAGUGAAGUUCAACUUUACUUCAAACUCUUGCAAAAAGAAAAUGCUGCUUAUGUUAUAAAUUAGUUAUAUAAAACAAAACAGUACAUGAGUCACACAGGUCAUUUUUCUGUGACGUGUGAAGGAGAACAGGGACACUUGCAGUAAAUGAAAUUUUUCCUAUGAAAGGUAUUGUGGAGAUGCUGAUGCAGCACAUAUACAGUGGGGCUCUUCAAGACCACUUCAGGACAGUAGAAAUUUUCAACAACAAUAUGACUAUGGUAAAGUAACUUUUUAAAAGAGGAAACUUUUUUGUAUUUAGCUUAUUUGUUUGAAAUUAACAGGAAAAGGAAAAGAAAGUCAUGCUUUGACAUGUUUCUGUCCUGCAGAUCUAUGUACACUUUCUUCCCUUUUAUGACUUAGUGCACUUUCUCACACAUUCCUUCAAUUGCAAAGCUUCUGCUCAAACAGUCAUUGCUAGACUCUACUGCAUAACUGAGGACAAUUGUAGGACUUACAGUAGUUCUCAUAAUAUAAAUAAAAUAUUGAUGUUUAUA